AUGUCGCUGAAACAACUUGUCGGUCAAAAAAUUUUGAACGACGUCGUACGAACGGUCCGGAAGAAGGGGGAGUGGAAAGUCCUGGUAGUAGACCAACUCGGAAUGCGCAUGAUAAGUGCGUGCUGCAAAAUGCACGAAUUGGCAGCGGAGGGCAUGACCAUCGUCGAGGAUCUCGGCAAGAAAAGAGAACCUCUGCCCGAUGUUGAGGCGGUUUACCUCAUCACUCCUACGGAGAACUCAAUCCGCCUCCUGAUGAAUGACUUCCGUCUGGGUAUGCACAUGUAUCGGUGCGCUCACAUCUUCUUUACCGAAAAGUGUCCCGACGAACUGUUCACCGAUCUGUGUAAGUCGCCCAUCGCAAAAAGCAUCAAGACCCUGAAGGAAGUUAACAUCGCGUUUCUGCCUUACGAGAGUCAAGUCUACUCACUUGACUCGGUGCGCACGUUCCAAUGCUACUACAACCCCAACAAGAUUGCGGAGAGGGCCGCGAACCUAGAACGGAUCGCGGAGCAGGUCGCCACAUUGUGUGCAACGCUCGGAGAAUAUCCAUCGAUUCGAUACAGAGCGGAUUUCGAACUGAACUUAGAGCUUUCACAACUCAUAAAUCAGAAGCUUGAUGCUUACAAAGCAGACGAACCGACUAUGGGCGAAGGUCCGGAGAAGCUGCGCUCCCAACUGCUGAUCCUGGACCGUGGGUUUGACUGUGUCUCCCCCUUGUUGCACGAACUAACCUUCCAGGCUAUGGCCUACGAUCUGCUCCCCAUUGAAAACGAUGUCUACAAGUUCGAAGCGGCAACAGGCAACGAUGUCCGCGAGAAAGAAGUCUUGCUAGACGAGAACGAUGACUUGUGGGUCGAGCUGCGCCAUCAGCAUAUUGCCGUCGUGUCACAACAAGUCACAAAACAGAUGAAGAAGUUCGUCGAAUCGAAAAGAAUGGCAACUGGCGGCGGAGACAAGUCAAGCCUUAAGGAUUUAACGAUGAUGAUCAAGAAAAUGCCGCAGUACCAAAAAGAGCUGAACAAGUAUUCCACUCAACUCCAUCUGGCCGAGGAUUGCAUGAAAUCCUAUCAGGGAUAUGUUGACAGGCUCUGCAAGGUCGAACAAGAUCUGGCUAUGGGCACGGAUGCCGAAGGCGAGAAGAUCAAGGACCCGAUGCGGAACAUCGUGCCCAUCCUGUUGGAUACAGCCGUAACCAAUUACGACAAGAUCCGUAUCAUUCUACUCUACAUUCUCAGCAAGAAUGGAAUCUCGGAGGAGAACCUCUCCAAGCUGAUCCAGCAUGCACAGAUCCCACCAUCAGAGAAAGGCAUAAUCACGAACAUGGCACAUUUGGGAGUCAAUAUUGUCACCGAUAGUGGCCGCAAGAAGAUACACCAAGCUCACCGAAAAGAACGGAUCACAGAGCAAACAUACCAGAUGUCUCGGUGGACUCCUAUCAUGAAGGACAUUAUUGAGGAUGCCAUUGAGGAUAAAUUAGAUCAAAAGCACUACCCAUACGUAGGCCGUCGCGACGGCGGGUAUGCUCGUGCGGCUCCCACCUCACAGCGCUACGGUCAAUGGCAUAAGGACCGAAAUCAACAAGCGAACCUGAAGAACGUACCGAGGCUCAUCGUCUUCAUCAUCGGGGGCGUUACGUAUUCCGAGAUGCGUGCAGCGUACGAGGUAACGAGGGAUGCCAAAAACUGGGAAGUGAUUGUCGGCUCGGACCACGUCGUCACUCCGGAAGGAUUCCUCUCUGACUUACGAGACAUCACCAACAACUAGAAGAGCCGCAGGGCAGGCGCAGAUUAGGCCUGUGCGAUGCAUCUCACGAUCAGCCUUCAGAAACAUAGAAACGAUAGACGAUGAGGCGGUUCAAUAUACUCACGCCGCUUGCGAAGCUUUUAUCCAUUUUGAUAGUUCCAUCAUCGACUGACUUCGGAAAGUGCCACGAUCACCUAGAUGCUGCUCAGCCUCGUCCACGAAGAGACUUUCGUGGUCGAAAAUCGUCAUGAUUAUCAAUCCAUUCGAUGACUUCGUCAUCCGAAGAGGGAUCGCCACGGUCCCUAGACGAUUAGUCGGAAUCUAGGGAGCACUUGGAGGCAGAAAUGCGAACUUCGGUCGAGACUGAGCUUACGCACUGCUCGCGCCGGAAUUGAGUAUUCGCUUGAGCAAUAUCUUCUAUCAACGUUAACAAGUUUCACGACAACGCAUCCUUUCGGACAUUGAACCGAGUAGCGCAGCAGCGAUCGGUUCUAAUCGCCUCGUUAUCGAGCGGACUCGGAACUGCACGGCUUGCUUCGAUGUACAGAAGUUUUCGCGCGGCAAUCAGCCGAUGAGAACUCUGGAUUAUUCUCGGAUGAACUUUCAUCAGCUUGCCUUGGAUAUAUUUAUUGUGUACGACAGAAAACACCGGGACUUCUCGAUAACAUAGCGCGAGCGGUGUUUCCUGAGUCUCUCGACUACAUGAACGGAAUCAGCCUUUGAUCGUGUUAAGAAUCGUGAACCAAGCGAUCGGAGGGUGCUUCUGAUCUCGUACCUGCCCCGGAUCGGGCGGGGAAAAACGAUUUCCCGAGCUCGUAUCGGCACGACUCCUCGAUCGAAGAGCCCUGUUGGAAU